GGACACCAGCUGCCUGCCCCCGCACCCUGCCCAGUGCAUUCCCCAAGCACCUCCGGGGACCCUACCUGUGGCCUCCGGAGCCCCCUUCCCGCCUCAGCCAUGCCUCUAAACCGCACUUUGUCCAUGUCCUCACUGCCAGGACUGGACGAUUGGGAGGAUGAAUUCGACCUGGAGAAUACAGUGCUCUUCGAGGUGGCCUGGGAGGUGGCCAACAAGGUGGGUGGCAUCUACACGGUGCUACAGACGAAGGCGAAGGUGACAGGGGAUGAAUGGGGCGACAACUACUACCUGGUGGGACCAUACACGGAGCAAGGCGUGAGGACCCAGGUGGAGCUGCUCGAGCCCCCAACCCCGGCCCUGAAGAGGACGCUGGACUCCAUGAACAGCAAGGGCUGCAAGGUGUAUUUCGGGCGCUGGCUGAUCGAGGGGGGCCCCCUGGUGGUGCUCCUGGAUGUGGGGGCCUCAGCCUGGGCCCUGGAACGCUGGAAGGGAGAGCUUUGGGACACCUGCAACAUCGGGGUGCCCUGGUACGACCGUGAGGCCAACGACGCCGUCCUUUUUGGCUUCCUCACCACCUGGUUCCUGGGUGAGUUCCUGGCCCAGAGCGAGGAGAAGCCACAUGUGGUUGCACACUUCCACGAGUGGUUGGCGGGCAUCGGGCUCUGCCUGUGCCGUGCCCGGCGGCUGCCUGUGGCUACAAUCUUCACCACCCACGCCACGCUGCUGGGGCGAUACCUGUGUGCCGGUGCUGUGGACUUCUACAACAACCUGGAGAAUUUCAACGUGGACAAGGAAGCUGGUGAGAGGCAAAUUUAUCACCGUUACUGCAUGGAGCGGGCGGCAGCCCACUGCACUCACGUCUUCACUACCGUGUCCCAGAUCACCGCCAUUGAGGCUCAGCACCUACUCAAGAGGAAACCAGAUAUCGUGACCCCCAAUGGACUGAAUGUGAAGAAGUUCUCUGCCAUGCAUGAGUUCCAGAACCUCCAUGCUCAGAGCAAGGCCCGAAUCCAGGAGUUUGUGCGUGGCCAUUUUUAUGGGCACCUGGACUUCAACUUGGAUAAGACCCUGUAUUUCUUUAUCGCCGGCCGCUACGAGUUCUCCAACAAGGGGGCUGACGUCUUCCUGGAGGCCUUGGCCCGGCUCAACUAUCUGCUCAGAGUAAAUGGCAGCGAGCAGACGGUGGUCGCCUUCUUCAUCAUGCCGGCUCGGACCAACAACUUCAACGUGGAAACCCUCAAGGGGCAAGCCGUGCGCAAGCAGCUCUGGGAUACGGCGAACACAGUGAAGGAGAAGUUCGGGAGGAAGCUUUACGAAUCCCUGCUGGUUGGGAGCCUCCCGGACAUGAACAAGAUGCUGGACAAGGAGGAUUUCACUAUGAUGAAGAGAGCCAUCUUUGCCACGCAGCGGCAGUCUUUUCCCCCUGUGUGCACCCACAAUAUGCUGGACGACUCCUCGGACCCUAUCCUGACCACCAUCCGUCGAAUCGGCCUCUUCAAUAGUAGUGCUGACAGGGUCAAGGUGAUUUUCCACCCAGAGUUCCUCUCCUCCACGAGCCCCCUGCUCCCCGUGGACUAUGAGGAGUUUGUCCGUGGCUGCCACCUUGGGGUUUUCCCCUCCUACUAUGAGCCUUGGGGCUACACACCAGCUGAGUGCACGGUUAUGGGCAUCCCCAGUAUCUCCACCAACCUCUCCGGCUUCGGCUGCUUCAUGGAGGAACACAUCGCAGACCCCUCAGCUUACGGCAUCUACAUUCUGGACCGGCGGUUCCGCAGCCUGGAUGAUUCCUGCUCGCAGCUUACCUCCUUCCUCUACAGCUUCUGCCAGCAGAGCCGGCGGCAGCGCAUCAUCCAGCGGAACCGCACGGAGCGCCUCUCCGACCUUCUGGACUGGAAAUACCUAGGCCGGUACUAUAUGUCCGCGCGCCACAUGGCGCUGGCCAAGGCCUUUCCAGAACAUUUCACCUACGAGCCCCGCGAGGCUGAUGCGACCCAGGGCUACCGCUACCCACGGCCUGCAUCGGUGCCUCCGUCGCCCUCACUGUCACGACACUCGAGCCCGCACCAGAGCGAGGACGAGGAGGAGCCCCGGGACGUGCCGCCCGAUGAAGACAGUGAGCGCUACGACGAGGACGAGGAGGCCGCCAAGGACCGGCGCAACAUCCGCGCCCCGGAGUGGCCGCGUCGCGCCUCCUGCACCUCUUCCACGAGCGGGAGCAAGCGCGGCUCGGUGGACACGGGGCCCUCCAGCUCGCUCAGCACCCCCAGCGAGCCCCUCAGCCCCGCCAGCUCCCUGGGCGAGGAGCGCAACUAAGUCUCCUGCCCCACACUCCCCGCCCGCACUGCCUGCCUCAUCCAGAGGGUGGAUGCUGAAGGGCGCUGUUCCCAAACCCUGCUCCAAAUCCGGAACCCUCUGUGGGGUCCACAGCCCCGCCCCCUCCGCCAUACAGUCCAGCCCCCUCUAGCUAGCUCUUGGAAUCCCCACACUCCAGAACCCACAACGCUGUGCCUUUCUUGGGUUCCAGAAUGCACAAUCUGUGCCCUGGAGUCCCCCAGGCCUGGCCCGGGUCCCAGAGGCCAGGACUCUGCCGUUACCCUACUGUGGUGCCAGAGGUUUUAGGAAACCUGGCCUAUUGCCUUCCAGGCUCCUAGAGCCCUUUGUGGUUUGCAAUUCUACAGCCCUCUGAGCAUGCCAUGUUCAGGCCUGGCCUGGGGGCCACCAAGCUCCGGAAACCGCGUGGUAUCCCUGCUAAUGGGGACAAUCAAGUCCAGAACUAGGCACUUUCAGGGACUUUACUGAAUGCAGAAGUUCCUCCAUUUCAACUCCAGAACUCGGGCUGCAGGCCAGGGCACUGGUGUUUACUCGGAUCCAGCCCUCCCUGAUUUGUCCAGCUCUGCCUGCAGGAUCUCUCCAUCUCUGCCCCCCUCUUCCUCCACACUUUGGCCAAGCAAGGAGGGGGCAGAACCACUUGGCUUCUCAUUCCUACUGGAGAACAGACAGUCUUGGUCUAGAUGCCUUUCUGGCCUUUUCUGGACCGGAUCCUACUCCUUCCGUGCGUCUGAGCUCUCCCUUAUAUCUCCAGGCUCCUUCUGUGGCCUCCAGGGAACCCCUCGGCUGAGGACAGAACUGGCUGUCUUCCCAGCCACAAUCCCCAAUCAUUAGACCCACCGUGAAACCACUGGGUUCUAGGUGCCGGCUGCUGAAUCUAGAACCUUAAGACUGUGCUGCAUCCUGGUCCCAUUCCCCUGGUCUAAAACUGGGCCCACUGGGUUCUAGAACCUCUAUAUUUACCUCGAGGCUCUUCCAUCCCCAAGCUGUGCCCCGCUCCCAGCUUUGGUGAAACGGAGGGGCCCCUCACGUGUGCUGUGCUGUGUCUAAUGCACUUAGUUUGCCGUUGGGAAGGGGGAGGGCGGAAGGAGUGUGACUGAAGUGUGUCCAGAGAUGAAAAAAUACAUCUAUAUUUAAGAA